ACACAUGAAAUUUAAGCUAUUUAAUGAUCACACAAGCCUGAUCAUGCUAAUGUUGAACCAAACAGACUUUACCCCAGCCUCAUUCAUUCUGAAUGGAGUCCCAGGACUGGAGGACAUGCACAUCUGGAUUUCCUUUCCUUUCUGCUCUAUGUAUGUUGUGGCUAUGGUAGGCAAUUGUGGACUCCUCUAUCUUAUCCGCUAUGAAGAUUCCCUGCAUAGGCCUAUGUACUACUUCUUGGCGAUGCUUUCUCUAACUGAUCUUGUCAUGUGCUCUAGUACAAUACCUAAAGCUCUCGUCAUUUUCUGGUUCCAUCUUAAGGAAAUCAGCUUUGAUGAAUGCCUGGUCCAGAUGUUCUUCAUUCACACUUUCACUGGGAUGGAGUCUGGGGUGCUCAUGCUUAUGGCUUUGGACCGCUACGUGGCUAUCUGCUACCCCUUGCGUUACUCAACUAUCCUCACCAAUCCUGUUAUUGCAAAGGUUGGGCUUACUACCUUUCUGAGAGCUGUAAUACUCAUUAUUCCCUUCACUUUCCUCACUAAACGCCUACCCUAUUGCAAAGGCAACAUAAUUCCUCAUACCUACUGUGACCACAUGUCUGUGGCCAAAUUAUCCUGUGGAAAUGUCAAGGUGAAUGCCAUCUAUGGUCUGAUGGUUGCCCUACUAAUUGGGGGUUUUGACAUCUUGUGCAUCACCAUCUCCUACACCAUGAUCCUCCGCGCUGUGGUCAGUCUGUCAUCUACAGAUGCUCAGCAAAAGGCCUUUAGCACCUGCACUGCUCACAUCUGUGCCAUUGUGUUCUCCUACAGUCCAGCUUUCUUCUCCUUCUUUUCCCACCGUUUUGGGGGCCACACAAUUCCUCCAUCAUGCCACAUCAUUGUGGCCAAUAUUUAUCUACUCCUACCUCCCACUAUGAACCCUGUAGUCUAUGGGGUGAAAACCAAGCAGAUACGAGAUUGUGUCCUAAGGAUUCUUUCAUGUUCUAAGGACACAAAAUCACAGAGCAUAUGAAUGGACAUUUGCCAGAA